GUCCGAAUUUACUUCUCCCUGAUUAAAGAGCCUCCAACGCUCCCCAGCAGCUGACUUUUUUAUUACGCGCCGAAGGCGGAUAAAGGCAAAAGUAAUACUUUUUUAAAAAUAAAUAGGAUUUUCAGUUUUUUAAUUUUCCACUGUUUUUCCGUCCGUCUCCCACUCUUCUUCCCUCCGUCGUCCGCCAUUUCCUUUUUUAUAUAUUUAAACGUCGUCCUCAUCUCUCUGCUUCUUCUCUCCUUAUUCCGCCUUGACUUUGUUUUGAACAGCCCUCAGGACAGAUUCGUCGGGAAAAAGAGGCUCGGUCGCGGCGGCUCCUCUCAUCACCAGGAAAGAUGUCUGUCACUUCCUUCGUCGGCCGAGUACUCUUCGCUUCCAUCUUCCUUCUCUCUGCCUGGCAAGAGUUCAGUGAUUAUGGCACCGAUGGAGGGUCGGCAGCAAAGACUUUGGCGCCCAAGCUACACAUCUUCUCGAAGCACGUGGCGGAGCGGACAGGGUUUGAAGUUCCUGAAUUCGAGACUAAGGCUGCAGUUGCAGCUGCUGUGGCCAUGAAAGGAGUCGGUGGCCUCCUUUUCAUCGCUGGCAGCUCCCUCGGAGCUUAUCUUCUGCUUCUGCACCAGCUGAUUUUCAUCCCCAUAUUGCACGACUUCUACAACUAUGAUCCAAGCAAGCAGGAGUUCAACCCGAUCUUCAUCAAGUUCACUCAGAACUUGGCGCUGUUCGGAGGCCUGCUCUUCUUCAUCGGCAUGAAGAACUCCAUUCCCAGGAGGCAAUUGAAGAAGAAGCCGCACAAGAAGCAGCUAUGAGAAACAGACAUUUUCGGGGGUUGGGAGUCACCUACAAACGUGGAACUUGUCCUAGUGUUUUUUGUAUGAAUGUAUUAGAAUCUUGACGUUUAGAGGUUAGGUAAACGCAGAUAGAAGAGCAAGAAAAAUGGCAGAGGAACAUGUCUUUUAGCUUUGAUAGUUCAACCGUUUCAUAGUUUCGUUACAGUUAGAACUCAGAAUCCUACCUUUUUCUAAGACAAUACAUGUUGAAAACGUCG